GAUAUGCACCUUGUAAUCCUUUACAGACACCUUCUUGGGCACCUUCUUGACAGAAAAACUGAUCUCGGUCUUGAAGGGCGCGAUCAGGAACAGGAACACGCCAAGUAGCACGAGCUGUAUGUGAUGCCUUCCAGUUGCUUCUGUCUCGAGUGUACUUCGCGAUUACGAUCAGGAAAGCAGCGAAGACCAGUCGUCGAGACCGGAGAUUAACGGAAAUCACGUAGUGCUCGUUCAGGAUAUUUUCGCGCCAAAUUAUACCGGACACAUCGUGCGGAAGACUCUUAAUGCGUUCAACAGUACAUAUAUUAUUGCCAAUACUGAUGAUAAACGUCGCGAAUCUUUUUGCGAAGUUCAGUGUCAAUCGACGGAGUGAUAAAUAAUAAAAUGGAAAAAACAUACCAAAGCCUGGCGAACCGAUUGGCGUUGCAACUCGCCUGUGCAAGCAGUAUCUGCGAAAAUAGCGGCGUGCUUGAUGCGUUUAGUGUGUCUCAAUAAUAGUGCAUCUCUCCGACAAGCCAAAGAGCGAAAGUAGCGCGACGAUGUCGUAUAUAUUUAUAGCGAAGUCACAGAUUUCAUGGAAUCGCCGGCGAUCAAACGGCGUCUCCCACUAUCCGUCUUAUUUGCAACCUGCAAUGCAAUCACGCGUUGAUUAUGCAAUUUAGCUAUAAUGUACGUUUCGCGGUCGCAAACCGUGACUUCGUUUAUAUUACUGGUACUUACUCGAGUAUAAUAAAAAAGAAAUAACACGAUUAUGCCGAUGAGCUUAUAUAUAAUUUCUUACGCGGCGGUAAAUAAUGUCAAGGCAUACAAACUCGAUGCACGCAAAGAUACAUAGAAUGACGGGUGCCAAAUGCAUAAUAGGAUUGUUGUUAUUGAGAGGAGUAGCAGCAUGGACCGUUGAUAUUGUACAUGAUAUAACUGUACAUAUGAAUCAUGUAACAUCAGUUCCAUUUAACAUACCUGACUAUAAUUUAUCAUCCAAUUUGUCCUUGGUCGUCACUAGUCAGGACAAUGAUAUCGCGAUACCAAGUUUUGAGCUGCUGCAGAAUGAAAAUAAAUCUUGUAAUGGCAUUUUAAAUGUUACUGGUGUGUUUCUCGGUAGAACAAAAUUAAUAUUUACUUUGGAAGAAGAUGGGGUUAAAGACAGCCAGGAGGUCUCUCGUAUCAUUGUAGUACGAGAAGAACGCACAAUAGAUACCAUAUUCACUGCCAGUGUUGCAAUACUUGUAUCUAUCUUAUAUAUUAAUUUUGGCUGUGCAAUGGAUUGGGAUGUAUGCCGUGAUACAUUAAAGAAGCCAAUAGGCCCAGCUAUAGGAUUUUUUUGCCAGUUUCUGAUUAUGCCAGUGUUAAGUUUUUUCAUUGGAUACCUUUUAUUUCCUGAUCGUCCUGAACUGCAAAUAGGCAUGUUCUUCACAGGGAUAAGUCCAAGUGGUGGUGCUUCUAAUAUUUGGACGGUAUUACUUGAUGGCAAUUUAAAUCUCUCAAUCACAAUGACCACAAUAUGUACCAUUGCUGCAUUUGGAAUGAUGCCGUUUUGGAUCUUUACAUUGGGCAGGCAUAUUUUUGCACAGGGACAACUUGCGGUACCCUACAGUCAAAUUGGCACUUUUGUGAUUGGUCUCGUAAUUCCACUGCUUAUAGGAUUUGUCAUCCAAAGAAAGCUUCCAAGAGUAUCAAAGAUGUUAGUUCGGAUAAUGAAACCUUUUUCUAUAGUUUUAAUUAUAUUCAUUGUUAUAUUUGCUAUUACAACUAAUUUGUACCUUUUCAAACUAUUUUCAUGGGAGAUUAUAAUCGCAGGAAUGGGUUUGCCUUGGUUGGGCUUUACAUUUGGUCUUAUAGUAGCGAAAAUCUGUAAGCAAUCCCAAGCCGACAUACGAGCAAUAGCUAUUGAAACAGGUAUUCAGAAUACUGGUGUAGCCAUUUUUUUGUUACGUUUUACAUUAAAACCACCUUCCGAUGACCUAACUACUGUGCUUCCUGUGUCUACUGCAAUUAUGACACCAAUACCAUUAACAGUUCUAUACAUAAUAAAGUUAAUUUAUCGAUAUACACAUAAAGCAGAAGCAAAAAUAGUACUAGAGACUGUUCCAUCAUUAGAAAAACUCCAACAAACUACAAAUGUUUCUACUAUCACACAACUGAAUGAAUCUAAAGAAAUUACUCAAUUGAAUGAUAAUUGAUUGAAUUUUGUAGAGUAAUUCCAUGUUUCUAUUUUCAUAUAUAUGUAUAUUUAUAUUGUACAUUAAUGUAAAAAAUCUCAAUAAGGAUUGUAAAUGGUUGUGGAAGCCAUAUAAUUGUAGAUGAUAAUAUUUGUUUAUUGUUAUAUGUUGAACAUUUGUUUAAGAAAUGUUUACACUGACGAUACUUAAUAAUAUAUUAUAACUAACAAUAAUUUAUAAUUAGUAUUUAGAUGCAAAGAGAUAUAUAAUAGGAUGCUUAGCAAAGAUAUCUGUUAAAUUUUUUGUAAAAUCUCAUCUGCAUUUAU